CCACAGGUCCAUAUAGGAUGGCGUCUUUGUCCUCUUUUAGGAGGAUAGAUCGACCAGUAACGACAUCAGUACCAAAACAAUAUGAUAUCUCUUCAUCAAUUCCUACAGUUCCACCUAGAGCACCGGGCACGAAGCCUUGGAUAAAUGGCAACACCCUAAUUUCGUCGGGGAACAGGGACCUGGACAGCGUCUUGGGGGGGGGAAUAUGUCUGGGCACAGUGACGCUUGUUGAAGAGGAUCGCUUUUCGGACCAUGCCUUGGUUUUAUCGAAAUAUUUUCUUGCUCAGGGCGUAAGUGGAAUGCAUCAAUGCCUGGUGAUAGGUGCUGAGGGCAGUAAGGCGGCGCUUCAAAAGACUUUCGUUGUCCAGCUUCCAUUUGAUCUAACGUACAAAAAAAAUCAGCAAGAGCAACAAGAGCGAGAAGACAGACC